AUGGAUGUUCACCAAGACACACUGGCUUACAUCAAUGAUUUUGAGCUGCACGACUACAUUGAAGAUCCUAACUUUGAUCAGUUCAUCAAUUUGAUUCGAGGGGAGAAUGAAGAAGCCGUCUGUGACUUCGUUUCUGACCUUAUCAAUGAUCCCUUCAUGGAUAAUCAGCUCCUUUCAUGUCAUGCAAACCCUUUUGAACAGAAUGAUAAUAAUGCUGUGAAUGUGUAUGAUCCAAGCUCUACACUUAGCUCCUUCUCUUGCUUUGAUGAAGUGGUUAAGGGAGAAGGAGAAGAAGAACACGAUGGAGAGCAUUCUUCUGCAACAACAACAACUACUGAUGCCAAACCGAGACUAAAAACUGAUAGGUCCAAGACUCUCAUUUCUGAGAGGAGAAGGAGAGGCCGAAUGAAGGAGAAGCUUUAUGAAUUGCGUUCCUUGGUUCCCAACAUAACUAAGAUGGAUAAGGCCUCUAUAAUUGGAGAUGCAGUGGCAUACGUGCAUCAGCUUCAAGCACAAGCCAAGAAGCUAAAGGCUGAGGUUGCAGGACUUGAAGCAUCCUUAUUAGUGUCCGAAAAAUACCAAGGAUCUAUAAAUAACCUCAAAAAUGUUAAGGGCACCCAUAAUAGUCAUCCAACCUGCAAGAAGAUCAUGCAGGUGAACAUGUUUCAAGUUGAGGAAAGAGGGUAUUAUGCAAAAAUAGUGUGCAAUAAAGGAGAAGGGGUGGCUGCCUCGUUGUACAGGGCUCUCGAGUCUCUUGCAGGUUUUAAUGUUCAGAAUUCAAACCUUGCUACAGUUUCUGACAGUUUUAUACUUACAUUUACAUUGAAUGUAAAAGGAUAUGAACCAGAAAUUAACUUGCCAAAUUUGAAGCUAUGGGUGACAGGUGCUCUAAUGAACCAAGGAUUUGAAAUUGUAGCAUCUUUUCCUGCUUGA